UCGCCAUUGGUGAAGCGUCUUCAUUAGUCAAAAGGCGUGGGCGGGACUCCUGCUCUCUGCAGCGAGUCAAAGAGAAAGGCAAUAAAGGGAGACAGGAGCUGCACUUUGCCGACGAGCAUCUCCGCCGUCCGUCCUGCUUCGCCACAGUAACGCUGCCCCCGGAUCUGCGAAAACAGCACACGCACGCGCGCACGCACACACACGGGGAGAAGAGGAAGGCAGAGUUCAUCCAUGUAACUCCGCUCAGUCAAACUGCGCCGUUUACCUGGAUAAGUCCGUCCCGACGAGGAGAAGGAGAGCGCGAUAAACGCGAGAGAGCAACGCGAGUGGAGCGUCGACGCAGAAAUCGUGAAGGAAAGAGAAGAAUAUGAUUGUCAAGCAGCGCUUGAUCUUCAUCCUCUACAGCCUCUGCGCGAGCGUCUUCAGAGUGGCUGCGACAAAAAGCAAAGGGAAAGGUAGCCAAGGUCAGUUCCCCAUAACUCAGAAUGUGACGGUGGUGGAGGGGGGCGCCGCCAACAUGACCUGUCGCGUGGAUUACAAUGAUAACACUUCCCUCCAGUGGUCAAACCCUGCACAACAGACCCUGUUCUUCGGAGACAAGAAGGCUCUGAGGGACCACCGGAUCGAGCUGGUGCGGGCCUCGUGGCAGGAGCUCACCAUCAGAAUCAGCGACGUCAGCCUGUCGGACGAGGGCACCUACACCUGCUCGCUCUUCACCAUGCCCGUCAAGACCACCAAGGCCUUCCUCACCGUUCUGGGAGUACCAGGGCGACCGGAGAUCACGGGCUUCACCAAACCCGCCAAGGAGGACGACGUCAUCACCCUCACGUGCACCACGUCAGGCAGCAAGCCGGCUGCCAACAUCCGGUGGUUCCGCAACGACAAGGAGGUCCAAGGCUCCAAGGAGGUGAACGCCACGGGGAAGUCCUUCACGGUGCGGAGCAGCCUCCAGUUCCAGGUGGACAAGCGGGACGACGGCGUGGCCUACACCUGCAGCGUGGAGCACGCCACCCUGUCCAGCCCCUACAUGACCACCGAGGUCCUGGAGGUCCACUAUCCUCCCUAUCUGGAGAUCACACAUUCACUGAUUAUUCCACAAGAAGGCCAAUACUUCAAAUUGGAGUGUGUUUCCAUAGGCAACCCGAUACCUGAAGCAGUGUUGUGGUCUAAAGAUGGAGGAGAGCUGCCAGACAUUGAGCGUAUGAUUGUGGAGGGCAGGGAGCUAACCAUCACGACACUAAACAAAACAGACAAUGGCACAUACCGCUGCGAGGCCAGCAACCACCUGGGGACCAGCAGUGCAGAGUAUAUACUGUUUGUAUAUGCCAAAGACUUCCCAGGGCCCACAACAGAUCCGAACUCUUUAGGACCACACGGACCGGACCACGCGCUGAUCGGCGGCGUCGUCGCAGUCGUGGUGUUCAUCACCCUGUGCCUGAUAAUAGUCCUGGGCCGAUAUCUCGCCAGGCAUAAAGGGACGUAUCUAACGCACGAGGCCAAAGGAGCGGAGGACGCCCCCGACGCAGACACGGCCAUCAUCAACGCGGAGGGGAACCACGUGCACGCGGAGGAGAAGAAAGAAUACUUCAUUUAGACCUUUCCCUCUUUGUUCCGUCACAACUUUGGAGAGCAGACAUGCAACUCUGAGCUGUUUCCCAGCGUCACCACGCGAUCUGUUUUACUUCACAUAUUCUUCUUCUUCCUAUUCUCUGUGGUUGUGCCUGUUUUCAAAGCCUCUGUUAUUACAGCGUUGUUGUUCUUUUCGUUUCUUUUGUGAUCAGUGAACGACCGUUUACACCCGGACGGCCUCCCUUUGAGUUUGACAGUGCCUAAAUGCUGUGCAUUUCUUUUGUUUCUCGACUCUCGCGCCCGGUAAACAACUUUUUCAGACUUUUUAAAAAUCAGAGGCAACGAGAAACGUGCUUCGGUUCAACUUUGAGUCCAGUUUUAGCUUUUCAGACUGUUUAGCUUUAUGAGCAGAUUACGUUGAGGUGAGUCAUGUUUUACGGAUGUUGCCUGGAGUUUAACGGCCAAACUGUAAAAAUCGUCACGACGCCGACCAGACACUGACAAAACAAAACGCAGAAGCACAAUCCGUGCGAUUGUCUCUAGGUGAAACACACUCCCUGUAAAUUUCCUCACGCUGUUCAUUUGUACAAGUUAGAAAAUUAAAGCACAAAGUCUGAGGACUAACACGGAGGGACGGAGGCACGUCCGCCGUCUCAGGAUUGGACCUGAGUCUAGAUAGAGCGAUGGAGGCAGGCGAGCGCAGGUACACGUGUGGUCCUGAGGAUGAGGAGCCCGAGUUUCGGACUGUGACUUGAUGUAACGGGAUGAGUGGAACCUUGUGGGGGUUCGUCAUUUGUGUUGGAUUUUAUUGAACUAUGCUCAACGUGUGGGUAUUGCUGUACAUUACUUUGCUAACGUGAAUAUUGGUGAACAAUAUUGUUGAAUCUUUGGAUCCCUGACACAUUACAGUUUGUAUAUUAGCAUAUACAGUAUUUAAAUAUCCCACCGGUCUGAACUUCUUCCAUUUAUGUAACAAGCGUUUUGUUUGAUCCUGCCAGACGGCGUGUACAUAAGGUGUAAGUAUUUGAUUUUAGUACGAGGAAGAACACUGGUUAUAGCUUUUAGUUUCGCCACACAUCGGUUCUUCUCACUUUGAUGAGAUUGUUUUCACACUUUUGAAGAUUUCUUCGCACAGGGAUUCUCAUAAAUUGCUGAAAAUGUUUAAAAAAAUACAUGUAUUUAUUAUUACAAUUGAUUGACAUUUAUUAUAUAAUACUAUAUUGAUUGAUAUUAUUGCUGUUAUUCCUAAAGUAGUUGUCUGACAUCAACUUUUCCAUAUUUUAAUUCUGUUACUUAUCAUAAAAACAAUACAAGGAUCACCGUUAUGGCCUUUGAGUUCGCUGCAAACAGUCCUACUGACAUGUUGAGGCAUUGGAGAAUCAGACAUCCCCUCACUGUACAUAGUCACGAUAUCAAAGACAUUGACCCACAUUACCAAUGCUCACACAUGUUAUUUGUUAGUUCGGUCUGAUGCUAUAAAUAACUCAUUUUGUACAAAGUUUGAAUCGCUGUAACUAAUUUGCUUUUUAUGGGGGGGUGUGUGAGGUUUGCUUUUUUCUCAGUAUUGAAUAUUCAUUUUUCAACUAUGCCACUGUAAAAAAAAAGAAAGAAAACGAGAAAAAAGUGCAGAUUAAAAUAUGAACAAGUGGAAAACUGCCA